AUGGAAAAUUCUUUAUUUCUCUUUUGUUCUGGAAAUAAGGCUAUACAAAAUAUUUGGCAAGAAAAGAAAGUAAAAAAUCCCACAAAAAAGGAGACAGUGAAUAACCCAAAACCCCUCUUUCAAAGAGGGCACGAAACAAUCCAAGCCAAAGAAGGAAAUCACUCCCUUGAGAAUCAAACCCUCGAACCUUCUGGUAAAAACGAUUCCUCUGUCCCUGAAUCCAUACCUGAGAAUGAAGAACCCGGAAUCGACGCAGAGGAAGAAGAAGAAGACGAUGACGAUGACGAUGAUCAUGACGAGGAGGAGGAGAACGGAGAUGCGGCAGUUGACCGGAAAUGGAAGGGGAUUUUUAUAGAGGAGGAAAAGGAUAGUGACGAUGAUGAUGAUGAUGAUGAUUCGAGUGAUGGCGGGAACAAAUCAGAGGGUGAGGGUGAUUUAUCAGAUGAUCUGUUGGCGGAGGUUGACUUGGAUAAUAUUUUGCCAUCGAGGAUGAGGCGGCAAGCGGUACAGCCAGGGGUUUAUAUUAGGAAGGAUGUCGGAAACAAUGCUUAA